AUGACUCCAAAGAAUUUAAAUAUUGCUUUGAAAUAUUUUAUCUUCGAACUUAACAAACAAGAUGGAUCGGACUAUCCUGCAGUCACUUUGUAUGGUUUGUUCGGGACUAUACAAUCUUAUUUGAAAUGUCGAAAUUCUGAUUCCAACCUGUUUGAAGACGCCGCUUUUAAAGAAGCUAGAGCGGCCCUGGAUGCGGUGAUGAAGAAGCGGUCGGCGGCAGGACUGGGUGUGUCAACAAGAAAAAGAACAGAAGUUAUAAGCGAAAGUGAAGAAAACAUGCUUUGGGAUAAGGGUCUUCUAGGAGAUAACACCCCCCAACAACUGCUGGACACGAUCCUUUACUUGACAGGACUGCACUUUUCACUCCGAGGGAGAAGCGAGCAUCGCCAAUUACGUCUUUUAAAGAAUCCCCAGAUAAGUGGACCCUUUGUGGACACAUGUGGUCGGUCGUAUUUGCUAUACAAGGAGGAUGCAUCAAAAAGCAACCAGGGAGGUAUAAAGCACCGGAAAGUACUACCCAAGGAGGUUCGAGCCUAUGACAACCCAUCGAAUCCAUCAAGAUGCUACGUUAGACUGUUUACCAAAUACAAGAAAUACUGUCAGACUGUUGCACAGAAAUGUGACGCAUUUUACUUCACUCCACUGAAAAAUGUGAAAAAAGAUGCAUGGUUUUCAUCCAUUCCCGUGGGUCACAACACACUGCAGGCGACAGUAAAGAGACUUUGUGAAGCAGCAGGGAUAACUGGAAGGAAGACCAACCACUCGUUGAGGGCCACAUCAGCAACACGGCUGUUUCAGGCGAACAUCGAUGAACAACUCAUUUGUGAACAAACUGGUCAUCGCAGUGAUGCUGUUCGCACAUAUAAACGUCCUUCAGACCGACAAAAGGCAGAGGUGUCUGACUUUUUGUAUGUUGACACAAAGAACAUGCAUACGGUCCUGCAGCCAAAGUCGGCCUCACAGAUCCGUGCACAGGUCCCACCGGCAGCUACAGAGACAAAUCCACAAGUUCCACCGGCAGCUACAAAGACACCUCCACAGGUCCCACCGGCAGCUACAGACACAAAUCCACAAGUUCCACCGGCAGUUACAAAGACACCUCCACAGGUCCCACCGGCAGCUACAGAGAUAGUUCCACAUGUCACACCGGCAUCUACAGAGACAACUCCACAGGCACAUGGAUCAUUCUGA